AUGAAAAAGGUUAUUGCUGUGGAGCUGGCUCACCUCCCUCCCUUUAACCAGGCUGCCUUUGACAGCUCUGUCCAAUGGGGUCGGGCGAGGUAUGCCCGCACUCAGGCCCUCUUCCCUUUCCACCUUGAGGGACCUCCUAACCAGGGGGCCCCCAACGGAGGAGGGCCCCCCAGCGACCUCGUUCACCCCCUGCCUCUGUGCGUCGGGGGGGAGGGUUGUGGCGGGGGGGCCCGGGGUGCUUCCUCAGCCCCUGCCUCAGCGCACUCUCAGAAGCCGAGUGCAGAUCCACACAACAACCAGCAGAGGGAGCCAGAGCUGUUUGCUGUGGAACCCCUGGAAAGCACACUGAGCCCUGAGGUGGAUAAACCAGACGAUCAGAUUCACCUUCAGACCAAACUAACAACUUCCUCUGAGUUCAGCUACAGGAGAGAAAAGAGGAAACUACAACACUGCUGCUUCAACCUGAGGACCCUCCACCCCCUGAAGGUCUCGUUGGUGUUCUGUUUCCUGAGGCUGACUGCAGCGUUUCCUCGUCCCUGCAAAGACGACACGUAUCCACACGGAGACAUCUGCUGUAAAAACUGUCCUGCAGGCCAGCGUGUUGCCUCUCACUGCAGCGCAGCAGGAGGUGAGAGUGUGUGUGAGGAGUGUCAGGACGGCACGUUCACCGAGCACGAUAACGGACUAAAGCAGUGCUUCCAGUGUGCGCCGUGUCGCUCAGAUCAGGAAGUGGUGCGGCGGUGUUCUCACACUCAGCAAUCUGAAUGUCGGUGCAGAGCGGGGAGGUUCUGUUCCCCGGAUGAAGCCUGUGAAGUGUGCAGAAGAUGCUCCAGCUGUGCACCAGAUGAAGAGACGGUGAGGAACUGCACGUCCACCACCAACAGCGAGUGCAAGAAGAACGCUCCCAAAUCUAACCCUGACUCGGAAAAGGCCGGUUGGAUUGUUCCACUGGUCGUGUUGGCUGCUGCUCUGAUAAUAGCUGGGAUAAUAUUUGCCAUGUGGAGACGUCGUAGAGCAAAAGAGUCUCAGAGCAGUGCACCUGACGGGCUGAAAGCUGGACAGCUUUUCAGCGUCAGCUCCUCUGAUGGUCGCAGUAAUGGAGAGCGCCCCCUGCUGGUGAGAUCCAGGUCCCGCAGGGAGGAGGAGGAGGAGGAGCGUAGAGUCCUGUGUGAGAGCCUGAGCAGCUCCACCACUAACUCUCAGCUCAGCCUCACUGCUCUCCCUGCUCCCCCCCCCGCUAACCCCCCGCCUCCCAGCAGCCGCCCGGCCCGCAGGAAGUCCAGCAUGAGGGAAGAAGAGUCCUUUCCCGUGCUGGUUCCUAAUCAUGGUGACGUCUCUCUGAGGAAAUGCUUCCAGUUUUUCGAUGAGCUCGACCUCGCCUUCCACAGCAGAUUCUUCCGUCACUUAGACGUUUCCGACAACGAGAUAAAAAGCAAAGAGCACCUUCUGUACGAGGAUAAGAUCUACGCGCUGCUGAACAUCUGGUUGGAGAUGAAGGGCCGAGACGCCUCGUUGAACGACCUUCUGCGAGCCUUACUGGAUCUAAACCAGAGGAGAACGGCGGAGAAUAUCAAGGACAAAGCUCUUCAAUGCGGUCAUUACACCUGUCAGAGUUUAGAGGGAAAUAACUGAGAACUGUGAGGGGGAAAGUUGGAAAUUUGAUGAAAAACAAGUCAGAAUUUUGAAGAAAAAACAAGUCAGAAUUUCUAUGAAAAAACAAGUCAGAAUUUUGAUGAAAAAACAAGUCAGAAUUUUGAUGGAAAAACAAGUCAGAAUUUUGAUGAAAAAAUAAGUCAGAAUUUUGAAGAAACAACAAGUCAGAAUUUUGAAGAAAAAACAAGUCAGAAUUUUGAUGGAAAAAGUC